UUUCCACUCAGUUAGAUUUACCAUAGCUACAUAAAGCUGUGCCUUCUUACACUGUAUAGUUAAAUCUCUCUCUAAUCAAUAAAGAAAAGGCAGCCACGCAGCAGAGUGACUGCACCAACGCGAUUUCAGGAAGCCAAGGGAUAGAACACAUUCAUGAAGUGAAAAACGAAAGUAUAAUAUUCUUUUGGUUUCUAUCGAGAUCAAGCCAUUGCAUGGAACGAACCAGUAAAAAAUAAAGAUACAUUUUUAAAAAGGCGAGGAAUGUAGGUCCGGUGUAGCUUAUGCAUCGUUCUUAAAAUAUAUUUUGGUGUUAUUUAGACGGGGGGCGGAAUGCAAAGCUGUGUAACAGUACAUUUAAACUGUCUUUUAAAAAUUCGCAAUUAUGCUACAGACGUCAGCAAGCUAUUUAAAAUAUUAUUUAAUCAGGCUGUUUUUUUUUUUUUUUUUGUUUUGUUUUGUUUUGUUGUAUUCGUUCACAUAACAGAAUGUAUAAACAAUAAGAUACCAUGCCAAAAUUAAUUAAUUAAUUAAUUAAACAGACAACAUCUAAAAUAAAUAACAUUUAUGCGGGGUCAUUUAAUUGGUACCAGGUUUAUUUUACUCCAGAAUUAUUUUUUCUCACUGCAAAAUGGUGCGAUUUAUAUUUGAUGUCUCCCAGUUAAUUCUGAAGUUUGUGCCAACACUAAAAAUACGUCUGAAUUUGUGUUGUUCCUAUUUAGAAAACAAUGGGGCAAAGUCUACGGCAAAGCUGUAAAAUUCAGAGCUCUGGUGAUCGGGAGACAGAGCUCUAUAUGGACCUAUCCGAACUGCCCGGAGAAGUUCUACACCUUAUUCUCAGACACCUCCCAGCCUCUGUUCUGCUCAGAAAUUGCCAGUAUGUCUGUAAGAGGUGGCACUGUAUCAUAGACAGCCAAGCCUUCUGGAAAUUCAAAGCCGAGGAAGAAAACAAACAUCUACAAAUCGUCAAGAAAUGUGUACCUGCCAACAUGGACUGGAAGAAGUUAUGUCUCAAAGAACCGUUUCACAAAAACUUAAUCCAAAAUCCUUUUGGUAAAGAGGGCUUCAAAGGAUGGGACAUUUUAAACGGGGGGGACGGGUGGUCAAUUCGAACGUUCCCUCCUGAAGACCUUGCGGGAGUCUGCUCCACCUUUGUUUCUUCCUACUUCUGGUGUAAAAAAUCCCAAACAAUUAAUCUCCUCGAAGAGGGACUUUGGGAAGACCUCCUGGAUAAUUAUCAACCGGAGAUAUGCAUACAAGAUUGGUAUUCAUCACACAGGGACUGCGGAGGAGAAUAUUUGAUGAAAGUCAAGUUAUUAGCAGCAGACAAACGGACAGUGCUACAGAAAUACAAUUCUGGAUUGAAAACCAUACCAAUUCAACCUCUUCAAUGCUGGGAAAAGGUCGCCCACGUGUUUCGCAACUAUGGACCUGGUGUACGCUAUGUAAAGUUCAAACACGCAGCAAAGGACAUCUUGUUUUGGAAAGGCCACUUUGGAACUUGGGUCACAAAGACCUCCAUAACUGUUAGGUUAAAAGAUCCUGCCCAAAAAUGAAAAAUUAUCCAUAUAUGUCUGUAUCUUGUGUUUUUAUGUGCAACUAUUCAGCAACAACAAUGGAAAAGCUGAAGGCUCUCUGUGGCUUCACAAUGGGACGUGCAGCUGGUUGAGUUGAGCAACGUGUCCAUCAAGUUUCCCUAGCUAUCCCAGGAAUGGAAACAUUUGCAGAGAACCAUCAUUAGAAAGAAAGGACAACUCAUGACGGAAAUGUAGACUAGUGCAAUACAUUGUGACACUCAACAGACCAUUGCAGCCCAAAUCAAUGAAGCCUCCACAGCUGUUUCUACUCUAGCAGUGCAUCAAAUUGUACCCACGUUGCGUCUGCUGUAUGUCUUGUAUCCAGUGUUUAGAUUUCUAUUAGGGGAGUGCUAAUCAAAGUUGUACCUCUUGCUGGCUUUAGUAGAUUAUCACUGGCCUUCUUCAUGGUUAUUUGCAUAUGCAUUAUACUUCAUUUUGUGAUACAUUGAUCUAACAAGUACACCACUGUAGAUCAAACCAAAUCUGUUUCUUCCUGCUAUCUAAUCAAUACCUGUGCUGUGGUCUGGUUUUGUACCAGGAAACAGCAGCAACGUCUACUGCUAUAGCAUUGUCUUUGAAAUACCUGCAUAUUCCAAAGUUUACAAAAUAAACUGAAAGAAUUAGGGGGAUCAAGUAAUAACAAGAGGUAAUACAUAUACUUCUAAUAACUAUCCAGGCACUAUUCCUUCACCAAUGCUCUUAAAGUACAUUCACAGCUUUGUACUCAUGUGAUAAAUAUCUUGUUUAAAUAAAUGUGCUUAAAAUAACUGA